AUAAUCCGCCUGCUUGUAUUGCUUCCUUGCAUGGUAGUACCUGAAACAGACACAGUUGCAUCCUUUUUCUUGAUGUCAACAUUGUACGGUAAAAAUUGGCCUGAGUAUUCUCUUUCGUCACAUCGACUCAACAGGCAACUACAGUGAGUUCCCAAACUUUUUUUUGUGUCCAUCCGCCAGGUAGAAUCAAUACCCCAGUUGCGGACAUUAAAACUUUUCUUUAGAAGGAAGCUGAAGCAAGGUACCAACUAACAACUUACCUCAAGCGCAACCGGUCGGAUAAGGCUUUCCUUUCGGUGAGGCAGACUCCUGUUUAGAACAGGAUGCUGAAGAAAGCCAUGAUCGUCGCUACCAUCAUCCCCCUGGGCUCGGGGGCGGGCGUUUCCGGGGCGAAGACGAAGAAGAAGGGGCGCAUGACGACGACACAUUUCUGGAGCGGGAAGGAAACGGCGCCGAAUGGCUUCAUGGAAACUGCUAGUCUGCGGAACACCCGAGAACAUGAUGGAACGGGCGCUGCUCAUUCUUCGUGUGUGAAAACCUGCAAAACGGGCUUGUGGGCGGCAAUCAGUUAUGGUGUUGGGUCCGUACAAAACAAGGACACUCUAUGGAAGCGUCAUAUUGGAAAUUCACAAAAAGGAAAGAAUUUCUUGGAUAGGCAUGAAAUGCGACGAGGAAUAAACAAGUUGUGCCUGUGGUCCACAACUCCCUUGCAAUAGAGAAGGCAAGCGAGCAGGCCGAUGACCGGGGCGUCCGGGGUUACCUAGAGUGCGGCAAAACAAGUCUUCCUGGUGGCCCCAGACAGCAUCACAAGUUGGAUUUGGGUGCUUUUGCAGUUUGAUUGUCAUGCGAUGCUUAGAAACUGGAACUGCGUUGCCCAUCUCUUUGAUGCGUGGCAAAUCCUUUCCUGGCUAUCGAUUUCCAACCUGACCCUUCCACACACUUUAUGCCAAGAUUGCUGCGGAUUCGAUGGCCCGCAUUGCGCCGAGCAAAUACUGAGCCAACUUUCUGCGUGUCAGGACUACAGCGAAAAUUAUGCCCCUGUUGUGAAAAAAGCCAAUCUGGUGGAAGAGGAAAAGCUCCCGGCCUUCAAAAAAGAAUGAAACAAGUGUUGCGACAGAGAGAGUGAGCAGCCAGCGUCGCCCAAGCAAUCACACGGACACGCACAAGCAGUCUACUCGUUGGAUAAGAUUCGUGGAGCAUUCUGUGCCCAGCGGGCAUUGAGGGAGGUGUCGGCAUGAAUUUAUUUUACACGAGCUUGCACAAGUUGUAAAGGAGUUUUUUCCUCACGCAAGUAAGUCAUCAACAAAUACAAAUCUAUCUAUUGUGGGGUUGUUUUUCAUCCAUAUCGUUUUGGUAUCUACUACAAAAAGAAUUGAAAAGUUUAAGUUAUCGAAAAAUCACCACGCCUGUUCCCCGCUUAGUUUCUGUAUUUCUUUGUUCUAACAUCAUUGUUUUUUUAGCGCGCUUUGUCAUAUCUUGGUCAUCAACAUUUCUAAAUGAGCAUCCUCUUCUUCUCAUAUCAAAAAUAAGGUUGUUCCACUCUGUCUCUGUCUUCUCUCCCGCAAGGAUGAUCUUCACGAAUCGUUUGAUGGACUUGUUGAUGCAGCUACGCACCUGAGGCAAUCGUGUCGGGGCCGCGUGGUCAUCGAGUCUACACUAGCAUAGCCUGCUCUUUACUUCAUCUAAGUUUAACCACUGUAGUAGAACAAAGGUUUUCUCUAGGACCGCGUAUCCUGCUCCCGUGGACGAAUUCUUUGCAUUCCGUGAAGCGCGGCGAAAGAUCUUACCAGCACUGUUCUGACGACUUCGAGUUCAACUUCUUUUUUGCGACACCAGAACAUGAUGCACAUGGGAUUUUUAAAUAAAUCACCUUCUUCACAACGCUGCAGAAGCUUCUUAGGAGGCGGUUGUUUUACGAGUUGGAUGGGGUUUCUUAUGCCGCAGGUUGUUGUUUCGUGUUUUCGUGCUGGUUCUUGAUCAACGGCGAUGUGGAGAAUGAUUGUGUAGAUUUUAGGUUCUAAAAGUCUAGUUAAAACUUGCUCAGUCGUAAUCGUGUAACUGUAUUACUGGCACAGUUCUCGAAAAUCAAGAUACUAAUACAUUUACUUUGUAGUUCUAACUGUCGGA